CCAGCACCAGAGUUUCACACACACUAGGGAGAAAUACACACGAGCACACACGCAUUCCCUCUCCGAGCUGGACGGCGUAGCCCCUCCUGGCCCGGCAGCAGAAGACACAUCAAGACGCAGCAGCCCGCUUUGACUGUGGACCUAACCUUGUCUUACUUUGGCAACAUGGGAGACAUGGGGGAUCCACCGAAAAAAAAACGGCCGGUGUCUCUGUGUGUGGGCUGUGGAAACCAGAUCCACGAUCAGUACAUCCUGCGGGUCUCCCCAGAUCUGGAGUGGCACGCUGCCUGUCUCAAAUGCGCCGAGUGCAGUCAGUACUUGGACGAGUCGUGCACGUGCUUCGUCAGGGACGGAAAGACAUAUUGUAAACGGGACUACAUCAGGUUAUACGGGAUUAAAUGCGCUAAAUGCAACAUCGGUUUCAGCAAGAACGACUUUGUAAUGAGGGCCCGAUCCAAAGUCUACCACAUCGAAUGUUUCCGCUGUGUGGCCUGCAGCAGACAGCUCAUCCCGGGGGACGAAUUCGCUCUGCGCGAAGACGGCCUCUUCUGCCGGGCUGAUCAUGACGUGGUGGAGCGGGCCACUCUGGGACACGGAGAUCCGCUCAGUCCGCUGCACCCCGCCAGACCGCUGCAAAUGGCAGCAGAGCCCAUCUCCACCCGACAGUCUGCGCUCCGGCCCCACAUCCACAAACAGCCAGAGAAGACUACUCGGGUUCGGACAGUACUAAACGAGAAGCAGCUACACACUUUGCGAACUUGUUAUAAUGCCAACCCGAGGCCCGAUGCUCUGAUGAAGGAGCAGCUGGUGGAGAUGACCGGCCUCAGCCCGCGCGUCAUCCGUGUCUGGUUCCAGAACAAGCGGUGCAAAGACAAAAAAAGGAGUAUUCUGAUGAAGCAACUUCAACAACAGCAGCCAAAUGACAAGACGAACAUCCAGGGAAUGACAGGCACGCCGAUGGUGGCGGCCAGUCCGGAGCGGCACGACGGCGGCAUCCAAGCCAACCCUGUGGAGGUGCAGAGCUACCAGCCACCUUGGAAGGUCCUGAGCGACUUUGCUCUGCAGAGCGACAUCGACCAGCCCGCCUUUCAGCAACUGGUUAGUUUUUCGGAGGGUGGACCGGGUUCAAACUCAACUGGCAGCGAGGUAGCGUCCAUGUCAUCUCAGCUUCCAGACACACCGAACAGCAUGGUGUCAAGUCCGAUUGAAGCCUGAGUCCGAGGCUGUCUGGAUAAACUGAAUCUCCCCAUGUUCAUCUCAUCCGUCCGGGCUGCACCAAACAACCAUUUGGUUGUGUUUUUGACACUGUGAAGACAAUCAUGGGAUUUUACCACCGACAACCAAUUCUUAAAUCCACGCAGAAGACAGAAAAUUGCAUCACUCAAGCCGACACUGCUUGUUGAUUUUUAUUUAUUUAUUUAUUUAUUUAUUUAUUUAUUUAUUUAUUUUUAUUAUUCAUUGCCAAAAUAGAAGACAAAAACCGCGCUAAGUAGACGUUGGACCUCUGAGUGCGAGUUGAAGACCCUAUUUGCAGAUGCCGUGCGCUCCAUCGAAGUUAA